CCCUGAGGCACUACUUAAUACCAUAUGGUUAAAUAAUACUUUGCACUUUGGUAUGAGGGGAAGGAAGGAGCAUACUGACAUGUUAUUUGGAGACAUAAAAAUGAUGACAACAGCAAGUGGAGAGCAAUAUUUGGAAUACAAUGAAAGGCUGACUAAAACCAGGACCGGACACAGUGACAGUAGAGCAUUUGCACCUAAAAUGUUUGCAACACCAGAUAAUCCACGCUGUCCAGUGAAUGCAUUCAAGCAAUAUAUUCGUCGCCGCCCUGAAGAUACUCUGACUCCAGACAGUCGCUUUUAUCUAAGUAUUAAAAGGAUGGUACAACCUGAUGCCAGUGAAAAUGCUAAACAAACAUGGUUUACCAUGCAGCCAUUGGGUAAAAAUACUCUAGGAGAUUUAGCUAAAAAAAUGUCUAUGAAAGGUGGUCUUACAGGGAGAAAGGUUAACCAUAGUGUUCGCAAAACUACAGUGUCCUCACUUCUUCUUCUUUGUGGAGGCUACUACCGUCAUGCAGUUGACAGGCCAUAAGAAUGUUGCUUCCGUCAAUGAGUAUAGUUCAGCAUCAUUACAGCAACAGCAAACUAUGUCAAAUAUCUUAUCCGAUAUUGGUUCAGGAAGCCGGGGAUUAAUACCACAAGAACCAACUCCAAACACUAGCAUUGAAGCCAAAUCUGAAAA